GCGCCGCCCGCUCUGGCCCGGGUCUGGAGGAGCCGCCGCCUCAGCCCGGGCGGUCCCGGCCCUGGCCCGGCCCGUCCCAUUCCAUCCCCGUCCCAUUCCGUCCCGUCCCAUUCCAUCCCAUCUCAUCUCAUCCCAUUCCGUCCCGUCCGUCCCCGUCCCAUCCCGUCCCCGUCCCGUCCCGGAUGGCCGCGAUCGCUCGGGCCCCCGCGGGCCGAGGGCAGGGACACAGCAGGACCAUCCCGGCCGGGCUCGGGGCGGUGGACACGGAGCUGGAGAUGGCCGGGACAGCCCCGUCGUGCCAGGGCAGGUUCCUGAAGGUGCGCGAUGGAAUGUCCCGGGGGAGCCGGCGGUGCCCGACGCCGGGAAGCACCGCGAGGGCAGGGAACGCACACGGAGCCCACACACGGUCCAGCUCAGUCCUGAGCAAAGUGGCUCAGCUGGAAAGCAAGAUCAUGAGUCGGAAAAAGCAGCUGGAAUCGCAGAACACUGACCCGGGCCCGAAGCCUCUGGAAGAAGAGUCCUCCUCCUCCUCCUCCUCCUCUGCCUCAGGGCGUGAACACGGUGCCAGGGGCAAGAAGUACCUGAAGAAUUAUGGUGCCACCAGGGAGAGCAGGACCCACAGGGAUGCCAGUUCUGAGGGAGAGGAAAGCAUCCAAAGCCCUAAAAAGACCAUUAUGGUUAAACAACAGCUGGAUCUGGAUAGUGAUGAAGAGGAAAUGACAGAAUUGAUGGAGAACUCCUUGAGGUUUUCCGGUGGAAAUGGGAAUCAGAAGGUUGUUCUGGAUGGAAAGAACAAGACUCCAGUUCCAUCAGGAAGGCCUCCUCUGUCUCAUAAGGAAAUUGCACCAACAGAGUUACCUAAAGCAUCUUCUUUUCACAACAAAGACUCACAGAAAAGUGUUUUUAGUAGAGUUAAUUCCCCAGCACCUUCACCCACCAGCAGAAACCUGUCAGGACAUACCAUGAGCUCUUCCAUGAAAGACAACACUGUAAAGAUUGCUCUGCCUAAAACAGGCUACACCAAAGCAAGCCAAGAAUCCCUUGGAAGUGACAGAAGUGAAAUAAAAUCAUUAGAUGAAUUAUUCUCAAAUGCAGAUGAUGCAGAAGAUCCAACCAGCAGCAGCUCAAAUGAUUUCAGACUGAAUAUCCUGAGCCUUGAUGAUUUGGCCCCAGAUAUCACCAGUGAGGCAGCAGAAUUAAAGCAGAGUGGGAAAGACAUUGAAAUGACUCAAGAAUCAAACAAAUUGGUGGAAGAGGACCAAGCUUCUCCUGAAAUGACCAAUGCAGUAACUGGUGUGAAUGAUGGGGACACUGAAAAAAGUGUCACUGAAGCAGAAAUCUCUGAGCAUUUAAGUGGAGUUUCCACAGAUCCCCCUGGACACAAACAGGAUUAUCUCGAUCAGGAUGAGAGAACUCUUAAUUCAGAAUAUUCUGAAGACUUUGAAAGGUCUCUGUCUACAACAGACAGGGAAUCUGUGUCCAGAGUGUCAGAGGGACAUUCUGGAGAACGCCCGUCCUCAGCCUCAUCCCCUGUGGGGACCCGGGAGCAGCACAAAUGGGGGCACCCAGUGACUGUGAGGGACACUGGGGUUCAGACAGCAGAGCCCCCCUUCACCUACUGCUGGGCAAAGGCAAACCCCUCUGCAGUGCUCAACUCACCUGUGCAAACCAGCUACAUCGACCCAGUGCCUAUUGCCAGUCAAGUCAUCAGCAUGGAUGCAGUAGAAGCCCUGACUGCCUACAGCCCCUCUGUCCUCGUGCUCCAUUCCCUGUGCAAACAGCACUUGAUGUUGACCCAGCAGUUUGUUGAGAAUGUUCAGCACCUUCACUCUUCCCUCGUGGAGUCCUUAGAGCAUGAGAAGUUCCACUACCACAGCCUGGAGGAGGCUAAGGAGUACAUCAAGAAUCACAAAUCCCCACCUCUAACACUUGAACAAGCCCUUGAAGAAAUUCAGAAAGCACAGGAGGAGUAACUGCUUUGACUCUUUGAACUUUAACUUUUAUAUUUACAGCUCUAAGGCUGGAACAAGAAACCCUUCCAACGUGCACAGAUAAAAAGUUAAUAAAUGAUGUACUGGAGGGAUUUGUACAAACUGCUAUGUUAGCAUAAAGUACAAACUGCUAAUUAUGAUAUAUAAUUUACUUUUCUAUACCUGAAUUUUUUACUCACGUACACGAUACAGGGAUAGGCAGGAACCUUCAGCCAAUGUCAGUAAAAAAGAAGCCAACAAAACACUUCUCUCUAAAGGGACUGUGGUAAGUCAGCAGAGUGUGCGUGUUUAUCCUGUGGAGUGUGAGAUCUGUGAUCACAUCUGUGAUCGUGGUAGAAGUGAAAGUCUGUCCUACAGCCCCUGAGAAAUGUAACCACAGCAGAAAAUUACCAUAUCCUGACUUUAGUGCCAUUAUCUGAACAGUGUUUCUAUAUAAUCAGCCUUGUCAGAUUACAACACACCCAAACACACACAAAGUUAAAAUAAAUUCAAAGAAGGCUUCUAGUCAAGGUACAGGAAUCCAUUUACUCCGAAAUCUGAGCUGCCAUUUUAUUUUUUUAUUUUAAAAAAAGGUGUUUAUUGGAAGGCAAAACAAUAAACUUCACAAGUUGGUAACAUA